AUAAUAGGCGGGACCAGAGCGGUGUAGAGAAGAUACUUGUUUUUGUGGUUUGGUGAAUGGUAAUGGAUGGAUGGAAGAAUAGACAAAGCAGAAGCCAUGAGGCGUUUUGACUGGCGUUGUUGGAUCUGAUCCAAACCCUAAUCUCAUCGUCUCGAUCGAAUUCGAACGAGACACUCUCACUCCCUUCCUCUCUCAGUCUCAGGCCAUGCGACUCUGUUCCUCCGCCAUCGCCCUCUCCAGAGAGGACUCCUUUUUCACUUUCCCCACUCUCUCCUUCGAUUUCGCUCACCAUGUCCACCGAUUCCCACGCCGCUCUUAAUAUCAAUCCCAAAGGUCUCCUCUGCAAUGCUGCCGCCGGUGCAGCCGCCGGAGUUAUUGCUGCUACGUUUGUGUGUCCUUUAGAUGUCAUCAAAACUAGGUUUCAGGUUCAUGGUCUACCGCAGCUCGCCAAAGGAAAUGUUAAAGGCAGCAUAAUUGUUGCUAGUUUGGAACAAAUAUUUCAGAAGGAGGGGUUACGUGGCAUGUACCGUGGCCUUGCUCCCACUGUUCUGGCCUUACUUCCAAACUGGGCGGUUUAUUUUACAAUGUAUGAGCAGCUCAAGAGCCUUCUUCAUUCUGAUGAUGAAAGCCACCAUCUUCCAAUUGGAGCUAACAUGAUAGCUGCUUCUGGUGCUGGAGCUGCAACUACAAUGUUUACAAAUCCCCUUUGGGUUGUCAAGACUAGACUCCAAACCCAAGGAAUGAGACCUGGUGUUGUACCAUAUAGGAGCACGCUAUCUGCAUUAAGAAGAAUUGCACAUGAGGAGGGCAUUCGGGGGUUAUACAGUGGCCUUGUACCUGCUCUAGCUGGUAUUAGUCAUGUUGCCAUCCAAUUUCCAACUUAUGAGACAAUAAAAUUUUAUUUGGCAAAUCAAGAUGACUCAGCAAUGGAUAAACUUGGAGCACGUGAUGUUGCAAUUGCCUCAUCAGUCUCCAAAAUUUUUGCUUCCACAUUGACAUAUCCUCAUGAGGUUGUACGUUCCAGACUGCAAGAACAAGGGCAUCAUUCAGAGAAACGGUACUCUGGUGUGAUUGACUGUAUUAGAAAGGUUUUUCAACAGGAAGGUGUAUCAGGCUUUUACCGAGGUUGUGCCACCAACCUUCUAAGGACAACACCAGCUGCUGUCAUCACAUUCACGAGCUUCGAAAUGAUACACCGAUUUCUUGUUUCACUUUUUCCUUCUGAUCCACAGGGUCAUAUUUUGCGAUGAUUGACCUUCUGUCUUCUAUAGCAAUUAGAUUCCAAAACAUAAUUUAGUCUAGCUGAGUAAUCCUUCUCUUGGCGAUGCAGAUAUCAUUCUUUGUGAUUUUUAGUUGUUUAUGUAUGGUAGAGCUCACACAUUUCAACCACAAUUGAACCCGGUUUCCCUCGUCAAACUUGUGUAAAGUCAUUGUCUUUGUAGGGAGACUGAGGGAUAAUUACAGAUUCGAGAGUGAUAAUGACGAUAAAGAUGAUAAAGUGCUACGAGGAUAUCCUCAUGCUGCUUAUUUUAUUUGGAAGCCGUUGAAUAAUCAUAUUCUGUAAAACAUAUUUAGAACAAUGUGUUGCUUCAAAUAUCUUGCAUAUAGGGUCCUGGAAUUUAGAUUCACAAGUCAGGUACUUGCCACAUCAAUAAUGUGAAUUUACUGGU